AUGGAUAGUGGCCCAGUUCAAAAUGGGUGUACGUCCACCUGCUUUGGCAGAACAACUGGUGCAAAUGAUAGACUAAGGACGUCCUUAGCCAAGCCCACAGUCGAGGAAAUGAGGUUGGCGAGCAAGAGAGCCAAGCAAAUAUGGCAGAACUGGAAUAAACUCUCCCUAGAGGACGACGUCAUGUGGUACAAAGACGAUGAUGAGACAGGUUCUACGAGCCUCGUGGUACCCGGUUCCUUGGUGCAGCCAUCACUGUUGGAGUUGUAUGAGCAACUUGGCCAUGUGGGGGACAGGAAGAUGCUUGACAUAGCAAGGAAGAGGUAUUGGUGGUCUUCGAUGACAUCGGACGUCCCUGAUUUUUGCUGCGCAUGCGUUACGUGUACCAACCUGAAGAACUCGACGCGCAAGGCGAUGGCUCCUCUGGACCCGAUGGCCACGGGCUUUUCUGGGGACAUUAUAGGUUCCCUUCCCACGGCUCCUAGAGGAAACCGCUAUAUUUUGGUGAUGUUAGGCUAUUUCACCAAGGUCGCGGAAGCCGAGCCACUGUGGGCGCAAGAUGCUGAGUCAUGCGUCUUGCGACUAAAAGAGAACCUCAGGAAAGUUUUGGAAUUUGCGCGCAGACAACUGCAGAAAGCAUACGAUAGACAGAGCCGAACAAGCGUCUUUAAAGAGAGUGACUUGGUGCAAUUGUAUAGACCAAUCCCCCCGCCAGGAACCCAUCGGAAAUUCUACCACCCCUGGAGCAAGGAACCCUACCGGAUAAUCAAAGUCCUGCCGCCCACGAAUUAUCUCGUCCGGAACGCGGAGAUCGUUACUCGGCCUCAAACAGUACAUCAUAACGAGAUUAGGGCAUAUACGGGUCCAUCCCCAGAAGGUUACGAAGGCGAAGUCUAUGCGGUACCAGAAAAAGAGCAUGCGUCCGAUUGA